CGAAUCAGCACGCUCUUGUGUAGAGGGGUCCAUGGCCUCUUCCUUUCCUGUUCUUGGAGUGAAUUGGAUGGGACGGCCAGCCACUCCCACUUUUUAUUUUCGGCUCCUUUUCUGUAGUAGUACAUUCAACUUCUUUGUGGAUGACUGUGCCGGUCGCAUCAACCUAACCUUUUGAUGUUAUACGGGUUGUCGUUUACCCGGGGGCAUGGACAAUGCUUUCAGUUUUGGAGAAUCAGCUUUCUGCUCGAUAAGAUUGUGUAGUUUUUGGCAGUCGAAGCAAAUUCUUGACCCCUUUGGUGUUUGAGCCAAGGAUUUGUGUUCCAUGCUGAGAUGGACGGCCACACACACAUAGCCAUGGAGUGGAAGGACCAGAGCGCACGGCCAGACUGCAGCAUGCUGCCGAGCUUCCUCACCGACCCGUUCCCCGCGGACCCCCUGGUGGAGGACUGCGACGGCAACAACGACGGCUCCGAGGGGGCCGGGUUCGAGAGGCACGGCUUGUCGGUGGACGUGGGCUCGCCUCAGGAGGAAGGCAAGCCGAUGCCGGCGACGCCGCACUUCGGCCAGAGGUCCAGCUCCAGCAGCAGCCUCUCCGAGCGGAUGCAGGCUAGAGCCGGGUUCAGCGUCGCCAAGCUCAGCAUGCCUGACAGCGAGUAUUCAGGAGCCCAGUCGCCUUACCUGACCAUCCCGCCCGGCCUUAGCCCGGCGUCGCUGCUGGAAUCGCCGGUGUUCCUCUCCAAUGCCAUGGGCCAGGCCUCGCCAACCACGGGGAAGUUACUCAUGCUUGGUGAUACCAAUAACAACAAUAAUGGUAGGCUUGAACCACCCUCAAUCGAAGAUCGUCCCGGUGCAUUUUCUUUCAAGCCUUUGGACCUAAAAUCAUCACAGUACACUGCUGAAGGGAAGAAGGGAUCUCUACACAACAGUCAACACCCAUCAGCACCAAGCAGAGAUGUUCCUGUCAAGACUGAAACCAACAUUCAGACGACGACGCGAGGCGCCAAUCCGCUGGGCUAUCUGAACCAAGCGCAGUUCAACAAUGCGCAAGACCCGAUGAAGCGCAGCUACCAUGACUGCAACAACAAGCGCAAUCGUCUCGCCGCUGACAGCACCGCGGCAGGCGGCGACAACAAUGCGUCGCCUCCCGACAACAGCCUACCGGCGGCGGACAGUGAGGCAGCGAAGGUGGGAGACUACCCUGCCGCGGUGGCCACGGCGGCGCCAGCCGAGGACGGGUACAGCUGGAGGAAGUACGGGCAGAAGCAGGUGAAGCACAGCGAGUACCCGCGGAGCUACUACAAGUGCACGCACCCCAGCUGCCAGGUGAAGAAGAAGGUGGAGCGGUCGCAUGAGGGCCACGUCACGGAGAUCAUCUACAAGGGCACGCACAACCACCCCAGGCCCGCCGCCCAGGGCCGCCGGCCUGCCGGCGGAGCUCAGGUUCACCCGUUCAAUGACGCGCAGAUGGACGCGCCUGCAGACAAUAACAACAACGGCGGCUACGGCAACGCUGGUGGAUCGCAGCCGAACGUGGAAGCGAGGUCGCUGUGGCACGGCGGCGUGGCUGUCCAGGACUGGCGCGGCGAUGGGCUGGAGGCCACGUCGUCACCCUCGGUGCCCGGUGAGCUCUGCGACUCGUCAGCUUCGAUGCAGGUCCACGACGGUGCCGCCCGGUUCGAGUCCCCGGAGGGCGGCGUGGAUGUCACGUCGGCCGUGUCUGAUGAGGUGGACGGCGAUGACAGGGUAGCCCAUGGCAGCAUGUCCCAGGGCCAGGGCGCUGCCGACACCACCGAGGGCGAUGAACUGGAGUCCAAGAGAAGGAAGCUAGAGUCGUGUGCCAUUGACAUGAGCACUGCGUCCAGGGCUGUCCGCGAGCCUCGGGUCGUGAUCCAGACGACGAGCGAGGUGGACAUCCUCGAGGACGGCUAUCGCUGGCGCAAGUACGGGCAGAAGGUCGUCAAGGGCAACCCGAACCCGAGGAGCUACUACAAGUGCACGCACCCGGGGUGCUCGGUGCGGAAGCACGUGGAGCGGGCGUCGCAUGACCUCAAGUCCGUGAUCACCACGUACGAGGGCAAGCACAACCACGAGGUCCCGGCGGCGAGGAACGGCGGGCACGGGAGCUCGGCGGCGGCGUCCGGCGCUGCGGGGGGGUCGCAGCUAUCCCACGCGCGCAGGGCGGAGCCGGCGUCGGUGCAGGACGGCCUGAUGAGGCUGGGCGGCUGCGGCCCGCCAUUCGGCCUGCCGCCGAGGGACCCGCUGGGGCCGAUGGGCAACUACCCGUACUCGCUCGGCGCCGGGCACGCCGCGCUGCCGAGCCUGCCGAUGCCGUCGGGGCUCGGCGCCGUGGAGGGGCUGAAGCUCCCCAUGCUGUCCCCGUCGCUGCACUCGGUGUUCAGGCACAGGCAGGGGAUGGAGGCGGCGGGGUUCAGGGUGCCCAAGGGCGAGGUGAAGGACGAGGCCGCCGGCGCCGGCGCCGGCGCGGCCGCGGCGGCGUAUCCGCAGAUGAUGAGCAGGCUGCCGCUGGGGCAUCGGAUGUAGAUAUAGAUAAAUAAAAGGAGGAGGGAUCGGUUAUUAUUAGAGGGCUAAUUAGAUUAAGAUUGGUUAUUAAAUUAAUGUUCGAUAAGUAUACGGUGGAAACAAUCACCCCUUGCUUCUUGCUACCGUUUUUUAUUUUUUAUUUUUUCAUCUUCUUGUUCCAUGUUCGUUUUAGUUCCUCCAGGUAUCGUUAGCGAUUUAGUGUGUUUGGUUUAGUCCUCUGUCUCUCUUAAUAACCAGCAUUACGAAGCUACUGCCAUUUGGGGUUCA